AUGACUGCAUCUAGCGAUCUCCCCCCGAACGGUGUACAAGAUGCCGCCCAAAGCGAUGAACCUUCCACCUCGGAGGGCAACCCAUCGAGCUUCCGGGGUUUUAUGAGAGUCUUUACGUUCGGCCAAGCAACAGACUACGCUCUUGAAUCUAUCGCCAUCAUCGCGGCCAUCGCCUCGGGCAUCGCCCUAGCCAUAGUAAACCUCGUUGUUGGCCAGUUUAUAUCACUGCUCUCAGCCCAGCCCGAUGGUUUCAUGUCCGCCGUCCAGAAAACCGCCCUCUACUUUGUUUACAUCGGCAUUGUGCGAUUCGCGUGCACCUACAUAUAUGCCUCCCUUUUCACCCUUGUCGCCCACCAUCUGACUCGCAAUAUUCGACACGAGUACCUGCGCGCCCCGUUCAGCCAGGAGAUUGGUUUCUUUGACCAAAUUCAAGGAUCGAUCUCGAUGCAAGCUACAUCCAACGGUAAACUGAUACAAUCUGGGAUUGGCGAAAAGCUCGGCAUGCUCGUACAAGCCAUUGCCACUUUCGUCGCCGCCUUCGUUAUCGCCUUUAUUAGCCAGUGGAAGCUCACCCUGAUCAUCAUUGGCAUGGUGCCUGUGCUGCUGAUCGUCGUUGGAGGCGUCGCCGCUCUGGAUGCGCAGAUUGAAACCGAUAUUCUCAAGAUCCAUGCCCAGGCAGGGAGCUACGCCGAAACAACCCUCGCAGGCGUUCGCACAGUCCACGCUUUUGAUCUUCGGGAGAGGGUCGUCAGUCAAUACGAUUCGUUUCUUGAAAGCUCGUUCCGCCUAGGUAUGAAGAAGAACAGAAUCUACGGCGUCCUAUUCGGUGGCGAGUAUUUCGUUGUCCACGCCGGUAUGGGGCUGGCGUUUUGGCAGGGCAUAGCCAUGGUCAACCGCGGAGAGGUUCCUGAUCUUGGCACCGUAUUUACUGUACUCUUCUCAGUCAUCAUCGGCGCUAGUACCGUCAUGUCUAUCGCACCGCAGAUGGUCAUGUUCGGUCGUGCUGCGACUGCGGCCACUGAACUCUUCACAUUGAUUGACAGGCAGUCGGCAGUUGAUCCCUUCGAUCACUCUGGAGAAAGGCCUGAACAUGUCUUGGGUGAAGUUGAGCUUCAAGAUGUUUCAUUCAGCUAUCCUACGAGACCAGAUGUCACCGUCCUUGAUACAAUUAGUCUGCAUGUUCCGGCAGGGAAGGUCACAGCCUUGGUUGGCACCAGCGGGUCAGGAAAAAGUACCGUCAUUGGCCUUUUAGAACGCUGGUAUGACCCGAAAGCUGGUACUGUCAGAUUGGAUGGCAAAGAUGUCAAGGACUUGAACUUGCAUUGGCUCCGGACCAACGUCCGCCUGGUGCAGCAGGAGCCCGUUCUCUUCAAUGGCACAGUGUUUGAGAAUAUCGCGGAUGGUCUCGUCGGAACACCAUGGGAGACAGCCUCCCAUGGCGAGCAACGACAACGCGUUGAGGAUGCUGCCAAGCUUGCUUUUGCUCACGACUUUAUCGCCGGCCUGCCUCACGGAUAUGACACCAGGAUCGGAGAGAGAGGCGGGCUCCUCUCGGGUGGGCAGAAGCAGCGAGUUGCCAUUGCGCGCAGUCUUGUGUCUAAUCCGCAAGUUUUACUACUUGAUGAAGCGACCAGUGCGCUCGACCCUCACGCUGAAGGCAUUGUUCAGAAAGCCCUCAAUAGAGCCUCUCAGAAUCGGACAACUAUCGUUAUCGCUCAUAAGUUAGCCACCAUUCAGAACGCUGACCAGAUUGCCGUCAUAUCUUCAGGCCGCGUUGUCGAGCAAGGUAGCCACGAUGAUCUGGUUGAGUUGAACGGAAUCUAUUGCAAUCUCGUCAAGGCUCAAGAUCUAUCCCCAACCGAAACACGACAGACCGCAGAUCACUUCUCAGAGAAAGAUUCAGCCUUAAACGACACCCCUACACUUGAUCUCCCACUGGUCAAGCUCAAAACAGUCGAAGAGGGAAACCUAGUACCACUCAAGGAUCGACAAGACUUUGACGCAUUUCAACAGCGCGGACUAAUCAGCACCAUUAUGAAGCUUGCUCUGCUUCUUGGCAACGUCCUCGACGUCUUCUCGUCCCCGGAUAUGGUAUCACGAGGCAAUUUCAUCUCUCUUAUGCUCUUUGUUAUUGCAAUCGGGUGCCUAGUAGGCUAUUUCCUCUUGGGGUGGUCUAGCAACAUGAUUGCACAGACUCUGGGGAGGAAGAUCCGAAAGGAACUCUUAGAUUCCAUCCUCCGCCAGGACCUGCAGUUCUUCGAUCGUCCCGAGAACACCAUUGGCGCAUUGACAAGCCGCCUUGACUCGUACCCUCAAGCUGUAUUCGAGUUCAUGGGUUUCAACGUCGCACUCCUGCUUCUCGCCAUUAUCAACUUAACUGCCUGUAGUGCCGUAGCCGUCGCGGUCGCCUGGCGACUUGGCUUGGUCGGUGUUUUUGUCGGGCUUCCUCCUAUGCUGUUAGCUGGGUGGCUGCGCAUAUGGCUCGAGAUGAGAAUGGAAAACGCCAUAGAUAAGUCGCUCUUGCAGAGCUCAUCAGUGUCGUCUGAGGCGGUGAUGGCGAUACGCACCAUCUCCUCUCUGGCGCUUGAGCGAAGGGUGCUGGAUAAGUAUACACGCGAGCUAGACAUGGCUAUCCAGGAUUCAGUCCCGUCUUUAUUCCAUAUGAUGAUUUGGUUCUCACUAACCCAGGCCAUUGAAUACUUCGUCCUUGCGUUAGGCUUUUGGUGGGGAUCUAAGCUCAUCAACGAUGGCCAUAUCAACUUCUAUCAGUUCAUCGUCUCUUUUAUGGGAGUCUACUUUUCUGGUCAGGCGGCGAGUCAGCUGUUUGUUUUUGCAGGCAAUUUUACUAAGGGUCACAUGGCCGCCAACUACUAUUUCUGGAUAUCUACCCUCGAGCCAACAAUCCAGGAAACCAUUGACAACAGAGAAAACGGGCCAAAGGAUGGUUGCAAGUCUGUCAAGCUCAGUGAUGUUCAGUUUUCCUACCCUCUUGCGCCGCACAAUCGGGUUCUCAAGGGAGUUUCUCUCACUAUCCAAUCUGGGGAGUUCGUCGCUUUUGUUGGACAAUCGGGAUGUGGCAAGAGCGCAAUGAUCUCGCUACUGCAGCGUUUCUACGACCCAACCAGUGGAGGAAUCACUAUCGAUUCAUCUCCCCUCGACUCGAUCAAUCCUCGUCUAUACCGCAAACAUGCUGCUCUAGUGCAGCAGGAACCAACAUUGUUUCCAGGCACUAUCCGCGACAAUGUUUCACAGGGCAUUGAGACAACAGCUUCUGAUAUAGAGGUUGAGGAGGCCUGUCGUUCUGCCAAUACCUGGGACUUUAUCGCCUCGCUCCCAGAGGGCCUUAAUACUCGUUGUGGAACGAGCGGCAACCAGCUCUCCGGUGGUCAGCGACAGAGAAUUGCAAUUGCACGCACUUUGAUCAGGAAGCCUGCAGUGAUCCUGUUAGAUGAGGCAACAAGCGCACUCGAUACGGAGUCUGAACGUGUUGUCCAGGGAGCCUUAUUAGAGGCAGCAACAGCUGGUGAUAGGAUUACUGUUGCUGUUGCCCACCGCCUUUCCACCAUUCGGGAAGCAAGCCGCAUUUUCGUUUUCCAGGGAGGACUGAUAGUCGAGAGUGGGAAGCAUGGAGAACUCAUUAAGCAGGGUGGAAUAUAUGCCAAGAUGUGUGAAGCACAGAAGUUGGAUCAAGGCAUGUCAGCGGAAGACGAGAGGGGAGGAAUCUGA